AGGACUCGGGGCCCAGACGCAUCGACCAGCUCGCUGGGGCCAGUCGCCCAGCUGCCACUGCUGCCCAUGGGGAACAGCCACUGCGUCCCUCAGGCCCCCAGAAGGCUCCGGGCCUCCUUCUCCAGAAAGCCCUCGCUGAAGGGCAGUAGAGAGGAUGGCACGAGGAAGCUGGCUGGCCUGUUUGGCACCGGGGCCCGAGCCGAGGGGGACGCCACCGCCGACAAGUUCUUCUACUACAUCCCUGGGACGGACCUCCCCGGCCUGGAGAGCCAGCGGGAGCACCUGGACCAGCCCCUGCUGAGCGUCUUCAAGAAGGGGCGGCGCAAGGUGCCCGUGAGGAACCUGGGCAAGGUCGUGCACUACGCCAAGGUCCAGCUGAGGUUCCAGCACAGCCAGGAUGUCAGCGACUGCUACCUGGAGCUCUUCCCUUCCCACCUCUACUUCCAGGCCCACGGUUCGGAGGGACUCACUUUCCAGGGGCUGCUACCGCUGGUGGAGCUGAGCAUCUGCCCGCUGGAGGGGCCCAGGGAGCACGCCUUCCAGAUCACAGGCCCGCUGCCCGCUCCGCUGCUGGUGGUCUGCCCCAGCGCGGCCGAGCUGGGGCUCUGGCUCUACCACCUGGAAAAGCAGACGGCGCUCCUGGGAGGGCCGCAGCGCUGCCACUCGGCGCCCCCACAGGGUGCCCCUGAGGACGCGCUCCCCUGGAGUCUGCAGCACAGGCUGACCCAGCUGCGGACGGCGUGGGGGCGCCCGGCGGUGGGCAGUGCCAUCUGCGCCUCAAGGGUCAAGCUGCAGCACCUGCCAUCACAGGAGCAAUGGGACCGCCUCCUGGUCCUGUACCCCACGUCCCUGGCCAUUUUCUCUGAGGAGGCUGACGGGCUUGGCUUUAAGGGGGAGCUGCCGCUCAGCGCCAUCCACAUCAACCUGGAGGAGAAGGGGAAGCAGAUCCGCUCCUUCCUGAUCGAAGGCCGCCUCAUCAACACCAUCCGCGUGCUGUGUGCCAGCUACGAGGACUACAACCACUGGCUGCUCUGCCUGCAGACCGUCUCCUGCAGGGAGGGGGCGCCCCUCCUGCCCGGCCCCGAGAGCCUCCCGGGGCUGCGGGCGCCCACCCAGGUCCUGGGCAGUGGCCGAGGCUCGCUCUCCUCGGAUGGACAGACCAGCUGGGACUCAGGGUGCCCAGCAGCCGCCUCCACCCGCACCAGCCGUUCCCUCCCCGAGUGCUCAGCACCGCCCACAGCCGGCUGCCCCGCCCUGCCUGCACCUGACCAGGCCGGCCCUGGCUGCACCAGCAGCAGUGGGCAGAAGGCGGAGCUCAGGCGGGGCGGCAGCAGUCGCCUACCCAGAAGCAAGGCCAGGGGCGAAGGGCCCAGCUCAGCCUCCCCGCUGCACCUGGACCUGACCAAGGUGACCAGGCUGAGCCUGGAGGGCGACCCGGAGGCCCCAUACCACUCACUGGAGACGCCACACUCCCCGCUGUACGCCGACCCCUACACGCCGCCUGCCACCUCCCACCACAAAGUCCGAGACGUCCGGGGCCUGGACGAGUUCCUCGCCGCCGUGAAGAGCUCCCGCAGCCCCGAGCCCCCGAGCCGGUUCCCCGCCGUCCCCGUGUCCGUGCCGGUCCCUGACCCCAGCGCUGCAGCCUCCGGCCCCCGCCCGCUCUCCAGGAAGGGUGCCCUGCAGGGCCGAGCCUCCCAGCGGCACCGGGGCUCCCCCAAGGGCCGAGAGCCCCAGCCCCCCGACUCCCCGCAGCUCGUCGCCCCUCCCAGGGGAGUUUCUCCCAAGCCCCUGCCGCGCCCCCCAGACGGCGAGCCCCCCAGGAGCUAUGACAACGUCUGGGACAAGGCUCUGUCCCCCCCCCACCAGCAGCGGCCCCGUGGAGCCACCGAGGCCGACGGGGGGCUCCCGCAGUGGAUCUGAUGGGCCCCGGGCAGCCGUUUCCCAGGACUACCUGCCCGUGCCAGGCCUGCAGCGUCUCCAGCAAGGCCUGGUUGCUAUGGGGCCAUCGGCCGACCACCCCCCGCCCAACACCCAGGCAGGGUCUGACCCCGGGGGUGGAGAGGGUGUCGGACCCCUGAGUCUUCUAGGCUCUGGAGGGGCCAAGAGGACGCCCUCUCCCUGAGGACGCCCAAACCGGUGCAGCGGGACCGCAGACCCCAGCAGGACACCCAGAGCGGCCGAAGCCUGGCCCGUGCCCAGGGACAGAGUGAGGGAGGGGCUUGCUGGGGCCUCACCUGGGAAUGGGAGGACAGAGCAGGGGCGAGGUCAGAGGGCCAAGAAAGUUGGGUUAGCGAGGGUCGGAGUACGUGAGGCCACGAGGUCAGAGGUGGCGAGGUCCGAGGUGGGAGGGUUGCCUGGGCACGUGCGGGUGGGGAGGUGAUGCCCAGGAGAAAGGAACGAGAGACGAAACAAGAAGGAAGAGAAGGAAACUUUA